CCGAGGCUCCUGCGCGCCUGAAGGCCAUGGGGCCAGGGGCCCGAGGACGGGGCCGAGGACGGGGCCUGGCAGAGUGCAGCCCCGGGAGCUGCGCGUCGGGACGUAGGAGGCUCAGGGGCCUCAUCCCAGGUUCGCAGGGCACGUCCCGAACCGGCCGCGUCCUGCCUCCCCUCCGGCCGUAAUUACGGGGCUUCCCCACGCGCUUUGCUCCCAUUCUUCGGCUUCCUGCAGCUGCGCGGGAUGAAAGGUGGACGUCCCCGCAUCUCAGGCAGUGGAGACCACUCCUCUCCACCACCCGCAGAGACCCACGAGGAGACCUCCCCAACAUUGCCUCAGGGGCCCCCAGUCCCCGGCGACCCCUGGCCAGGAGUACCCCCUCAUUUCGUGGACCCUCCACCUCCAGGCCUCAACCGUCCCUGGAGAGACCUGCCUGAGUCUGGAGUCUGGCCCCCGGAGCCCCCGAGAACUGAUGCACCUCAGCCACCCCGGCCUGAUGACCCCUGGCCAGCAGGACCCCAGCCCCCAGAGAACCCCUGGCCACCGGCCCCUGAGGUGGACCACAGCCCCCAGGAGGAGCCAGACCUGAAUCCCCCUAGGGAGGAGUACAGAUAACCCAGUCCCCUAGGCAGGGCGGCCCAAGCCAGCUCCACCCUCUGACCCCUGGGUCCUUCCUGACUCCCUGAGUCUUCCUCAAGCUCUCCGUUUCAUUCUGAACGCAGAAGGCGACAUUGUCUGUAUUCCCUGUCCCUCCCUGAGGCCCCCACGCUCAUGCGCACACUCCUACCUCACUCCUGCCUCUCCCCGCGCCCAGACGGCAGGGCAGGGCUCGGCCGUCUCCCUGCUGCCACCUGGCGGCCUUAGGUGGGAGCCGCCAGGGGAUGGUGCUUCCGUAAAAUGGAAAAAUAAAAAC